CCUCGGGGCCGGAAUCAGCACAGUCUGGAUCACGCGGCAGGACUUCUUCAAGUCGUGCCACCAGUAAGACACUGUCUUUGCGGAUGGCAUCUUGGCGGACAUCACUAUGGAGACCUGAAGCUAUCGAAAUGAUCCACUUCUCGGGACUCGGAAGCAAGAUCAAAGUCACAGAGCCACUACCAGCCUUGACAUCGCCCACUGAGACGCAUGAAGAAUACGACAGCGACACGAUUCCAGAGACAAUACGAUAUCCCAGCCGCAGCACAUAUGUAGAUUCCGAUGACUCGGAUUCGAGCCAAGAUGGCAUUUAUCAAUCAACGCCAAUCGUUGAUAAUCGGGGUAAUCGGGAUGAGGCUGAUGUCGAGAGAGGACUAACGGAGCCUUGGCCACUCGCAGAAACGAGGAACAGCGUGCCACCGCCGAGCCCGCCCGAGCCUGCAUUGAGGCAGUGGGACAGAGAACGACCGCAUAGACCAUGGUCAAGGCAUGCGAGUGAUGUAAGCGUCUCUCCUGCAAUACGCCGUGGCAGCACCACCAUUCGACGAAACACCGCGCCUGGAAUGGGAUCGUGACACAUCAGGAACGCGUUUGUAAGAUUUCAAAAGAGUCAUCGCAAUGGAAAGAUACCCGUGGAUGAAAAG